AUGCCAAGGGAGCCUCCGCAGGGGGCGAUGAAGGUGCUCAUCAGCUACGGUGGAUCGUUCAAGGAGCAGCGGCAGUCGACGAUGGCGGAGGGAGAGAAGGGGAAGUUGCGCUACGUCGGCGGGGAGACGAGGAUCAUCUCCCUCGACCGGUGCGGGCUGAACAUGCCGAAGCUCCUGGCGAGGAUCUCCGAGAUCCUUCCAGGGGCGCUCCUCUCCCUCCAUGCCGAUCCUCCCGGCCACUGGCUCUUCCACCGCCUGAUUUGGGGGACAGAUCUAGGCCGCGACGACGGCCGCAGGCAUGCUCUCCGUCCGAUUUUGGGGGACGAGGACGUGAGAAGUAUGGUGGCGGAGUACGACCGGUUCCUGAUGUGGGGGAAGGUCCCCCGCCUGCGCGUGUUUCUCUGUGAUACCGUGCCCUCGCUGCCGCUACGAUUCCCAGAAUUGGACGCAUCGCCCGUCGGAGAGGGCGAUUUCCCUUCUGGGAGAACCGCUUCGUCGUCGAGGAGCUCCUUCUUGGAGAGCACCGCCUCCAAGAACUGGGGCUCCGUCGCGGGGGAUCCUCCCUCUACCGAUGGCGAGUCGCCGCCCUCCGGUUUCCCCGGUUGUUCCCGGGGGAACCGUCAAUUUGGGCUCUCCGGCGACCUCAACGUGUUGCAGGAAAGAACGAUGACAUCGGGAAUUCCCGAUCGCGGCGGGAGCUUGAAGAAUAAGGCGACACAUAAAGAUUCAUCGGACGGAGACAGAUUGGUGAAUCCACCGCCGGCCGCCGGAGGAGGCCACUUUCUUGGCCAGUCGGAGAAUCUGAAUCCUUCGCUCAUGUCGGGGAUGAAAACCCGGGAGAAGGCCCUCCCGAGCAUCGCCGGACGUCGCGCUGCCGGAACCUUCAGUCCGCCGCCGCCCUCUCCGGCGAGGAGGAGCGCAAGGAGUCCUCCACCUUCCUCCCUUCCGGUCCGGUCCAGGAUCGGCGGGAUAACAACAGAAGCCGUCGCCGGCCGACUUCCCGGCGAUCCUUCCGACGCUCUUGGGAUGAUCAAGCCGGCGAAGGUCCCAAUAUCUACAGAUGCAAGAAAGCCCGCCGCUCCGGGGAGGCCGCUGGAUCUUGCGAGCAGCGAGGGAACACCGGAGGAACGACCAUGGCGUCUCCGCGCCGGCGGUGGUAGCAGCACGCCUUCUCCGACUCUCUGCGAUACAGUCCCAAAACCAGAGCAGAGACCUGGUCAGGCCCUGUUCUUAAACAGCGGCUACUGGUUUUCUCAUGCCCUCCGCGUACCUCCUCCGUGCAUCACCACCGCCGCUCCCGGUCCUCCCGUGAGCGCAAUCCGCCAUGGGUUCGGUCCUUUGGAGAGCUCAUCAUACAUGAAGAUGGACGGAGCUUCUCUCGGGGCGGUUCCGAGAAUGUCGAAGCCGUCGUGCCCAGGAGCUGCCACAUUCAAUGAACAGGGAGCUCGCAGGAACAAGGACGCGUCUGUCUCUUCCGCUUCAGAGGCGGCGGCGGCGGCAUUAAAGGUACACGUUAAAGGCCCCUCUUUCGGAAGCAGAGAUUUUCCUCCAAGAUGGGCGGCAUCUCAUGGAUUCCCUUCCAGCAGGCCGACGCCAAGGAACAGGCGGGGAUCUCUCCAGAGAUAGCGGAAGUUGGCGAAGCUGGGAAAAAGCAACCCUCAGAUUACUCUCUGCCAGGGAGGAGAGAGUUGCAGGUGAACGAAUCAUCUUCUACGAACGCCGUACGUCUUCACUGUAAAACCCCUUCUCACAGCUUCCACGCCCCGCAUGCAGACCAUUAAAGGCGCAGACCUGGAAGAAAUACGCGAGCUGGGCUCGGGCACGUUCGGGACUGUUUUCCAUGGGAAAUGGAGAGGCUCCGAUGUGGCCGUCAAGCGCUUAAAGCCGAGCUGCUUCUCCGGGGGCGGCGCAGCGAGGGACCGUCUGGUAACUAUCAUACAGCUCCUGACUCAGGAAUCACCGGGUUUCUGCUCUCAAUGCUUCAUCUAGCGUUGACCUUCCGACCUCUAUUGACCUGAAAGAAGGGGAUAAUGCUCGGUCAUUUUGGGUCGGGGAGUCCGUCGUUGACCUUUAGAUAUCUCCUCUGAAAGAGACGUACUUUCCGUUCUUCAACACUUUCUUCAUUCCAGAUCGCAGACUUCUGGAAGGAGGCGCACCUGCUGGCUCAACUCCAUCAUCCAAACGUGGUGGCUUUCUAUGGAGUAGUCACUGAUGGGACGAGCCUGGCUACUGUCACGGAGUACAUGGUCAACGGCUCCCUGAAGCAGGUUCUUCGAAAGAAAGACAGGUAUUUCUUCUUCUUCUUCUUCUUCUUCGAUCGAUGGCACCCUGCUUUCUCCACUCUCUUACCAACUGUCUAUCCCUCCUGUUCCAGGACCAUUGACCGGCGGAAGAGGCUCAUCAUCGCCAUGGAUGCGGCAUUCGGCAUGGAGUACCUUCACGAGAAGGGCGUCGUCCAUUUCGACCUGAAGUCCCACAACUUUUUGGUGAACAUGAGGGACCCUCAUCGACCAGUAUGCAAGGUGAACUGGGCCAGAAGAACCGCGUCUCUCAGUUUUUUUUUUGUUUUGUUUUGUGUGCGCUCCAUUUUUUGUGUAUAAUUCUCUGGAAUCAACAAGUCCAGAUCGGAGACCUGGGCCUUUCGAAGGUGAAGAGGAGGACGCUGGUCUCCGGCGGGGUCCGAGGAACCAUACCCUGGAUGGCACCGGAGCUUCUGAACUCCCAGAGCAACAUGGUGACUGAUAAGGUAGGUACUCUUCUGAUAGUUUUCAGAGAUAGUUAGAGUGGGGGAGAGCCACUCACCGCCAUGCCCCAUCUCCUACUAGGUCGACGUUUACUCGUUCGGGGUCGUCAUGUGGGAGCUGCUCACUGGGGAAGAGCCUUACGGAGAGAUGCCCUCGGAGCAAGUAAUAGGUAUGGAUUUAAAGUAAUUUGCUGCGUUGGAUUCGUUCUCCUGGAUGCGAGCUCCUGGUCACUCUGCUUCCAUGGUGGUUCGUUCCUUCCUCAGGGGGGAUAAUCAAAGGCGAACUGCGGCCGGAGAUCCCCAGCUGGUGCGAGCCGAUGUGGAGGUCCCUGAUGGAAAGGUGCUGGGCGUCGGACCCAUCCUCGCGCCCGGCCUUCUCCGACAUCGCCAAGGAGCUCCGCGCCAUGGCGGCCGCCAUGAACAUCCUGUAG